AUGAAGGACUGCGAGUACCAGCAGAUCAGCCCCGGGGCCGCCCCGCCGCCCGCCUCCCCCGGGGCGCGCCGGCCCGGGCCCGCCGCGCCCCCCGGCCCGGGCCCCGGGCCCCCGCCGCCCGCCUCCCCCGGGGCGCCGCGCUGGAGCGGCAGCGGCAGCGGGAGCCUCGGCCGCCGGCCGCAGCGCAAGUGGGAGGUGUUCCCGGGCCGCAACCGCUUCUACUGCGGCGGCCGCCUCAUGCUGGCCGGCCACGGCGGCGUCUUCGCGCUCACGCUGCUGCUCAUCCUCACCACCACCGUCCUCUUCUUCGUCUUCGACUGUCCCUUCCUGGCCCGCCAACUGACCCUUGCCAUCCCCAUCAUUGCUGCCAUCCUCUUCUUCUUCGUCAUGAGCUGCCUGCUGCAGACAAGUUUCACCGACCCUGGAAUCCUGCCCCGGGCCACUGUCUGUGAGGCAGCCGCCCUGGAGAAACAGAUCGACAACACAGGAAGUUCCACGUACCGGCCACCUCCUCGGACCCGGGAGGUGAUGAUCAACGGGCAGAUGGUGAAGCUGAAGUACUGCUUCACCUGCAAGAUGUUUCGGCCCCCGCGGACCUCACACUGCAGUGUCUGUGACAACUGUGUGGAACGGUUUGACCAUCACUGCCCCUGGGUGGGCAACUGUGUGGGGAGACGGAACUACCGCUUCUUCUACGCGUUUAUUCUCUCCCUCUCCUUCCUGACGGCCUUCAUCUUCGCCUGCGUGGUCACCCACCUGACGCUGCGCUCUCAGGGAAGCAACUUCCUCGCCACUCUGAAGGAGACACCAGCGAGCGUGCUGGAGUUGGUGAUCUGCUUCUUCUCCAUCUGGUCCAUCUUGGGCCUCUCAGGGUUUCACACUUACCUCGUCGCCUCCAACCUGACAACCAAUGAAGAUAUCAAAGGCUCAUGGUCCAGCAAGAGGGGCGGUGAGACCUCCGUCAAUCCCUACAGCCAUAAAAGUGUUAUCACCAACUGCUGCGCUGUGCUCUGUGGCCCCCUACCUCCCAGCCUGAUUGACCGGAGGGGAUUUGUGCAGUCCGACACCAUGUUGCCCUCGCCCAUCAGAAGUGACGAGCCCACCUUCGGAGCCAAGCCCGACGCCAGCAUGGUAGGAGGCCACCCCUGAUCCAGGCUCAGUCCUUGCCACCCGCUGGCCGGUCCGCCCCUGCGCACUCACCUGCUGGGAACCUCCUCAUGCCACCUGAGGGAUGCAGAGCUGCCAAAGACUCCAGUCUUUUCGUAUUUAUUUCCCACCCUGCGUGGCUUUUCUCACCCUGUUCUGUGGCUGUAUCCUCUGCUCCCCAAACCCAGGUUCCCAAAACCUUAGGCCCUAGAUCCUCUCCGCUGAUAAGUGGCAAGAGUGAUAAGAAAGAGGCCAAAGCCUUGAGCCCACCCAGGGGAACCACACCAGGGGUCUGCUGUGUCACGUGAGCCCUGUGUGAGUGAGGGGUGGACUGAGUGUGGCAUCUCCCAGUGAGGGGAGCUGCUGGGCCCUGCCGAGCCAGGGUCCCGAGGCGAAGCAGGACCAGUGAGCAGUCAGCUCUAGACAGCAGGCUGUGGGAGCGGGUGCCCCCGUGUGCUGCUUUGGUUUGUGGGCUCCAUCCUUUUUAUGAUGGUCAUCAUUUGUUCUUCCGUUUUUUAGAUUUCUGUUGUUUGUUUUCGUCUGGAGUUGUCCAAUAGGGUAGACCUGGAGUUCCAGGGCGAGAAGCAGAGGUGGGGGUGGGGUGGGGGGAGCAGCCUGUAUCCGAGGAAGCCAGACCAGCCAGCCAGGAUCCCCAGACUCAGCCUCUGCCUGAUUCCUGGGUGGCACUCUAGGAGGUGAGGCCUGGCCCUCUCUCUGCCCAUGGAAGGUUCUCUAUGGGAUCUCAGCCUGACCCCCCACCUCUCCCAAGCCAGGUCUGGGGAUGGGUUAGGGUUAUGCAUAUACUGGCAAUACUUGAAACGGGUUUAUUAAUGCUGGGUAUUUUGCACAAUUUUAUAGACCUCUUUUUUACAUAGCAUUUUUUAAAUGGAAGAAGGAAAAAAAAAAGUCACGUUGCUAUUUGUAGUGCCAGGGUGAGUGUUUCCAGAAGGCAAGUUGGUUUUAAUAAGUUAAUUAUUAGAGACCUUCUGGCUGUGCGUGAGAGUGUGUUCGUGUGCCCAUGUGCGAAUGUGACUGGCUCCCACUUCCCCACAUCCCCUGGGCUGUCCCCUCCCCGCCAUCCCCCUGGGUGUCAGCAGCAGGAGUAGCCUGCGCUGUGGGGACAGGGAGCAUGUGCAUUGGUCACGAGAAAUGGCUGAGCUCCUGCUGUGGCUCGCCCCCACCCUGUCUUUUCCUCCUCGAACUUCAGACAACCAGUGGCUGGGGACUCGCCACCUCCUGCCACCUAGCCCCCAGGUUAGGCUUCCAACUGGGACCUGCCCAGACAGGCCGAGGCUGGGCGGGGUGGAUGGGGUAAUGGCUGCUGGGGAGCGGCUGCCACCCUACAAGCCCCGUUCCUCCUCCGAGCUCUAAGCACGGGGCCUGGUGCCAGGGCUAGAGGACUGGCAGUGUCUGCCACUGGCAGCCUCCCUCCGGAGGAAAGGAAGAAGGGGCUGGGUGGGCCAUGAGUGAAGACUGGCCUACAUCGGGGCCAGAAACUCAGAGGAUGACCCUCAUCUGCUGGGAGCUACAAUUAUCAGAAUGAUAGAAAAUUGUCCUCCAUCCCCCUCCCUGGCUCUCAAGUGGACCGAAGCCCUUGGGAAGUGACAUAGGAAGUCUCUGCAUGUUGCGCUUCCUUGUUCCAGAGACUAGAGGGUCACAAAGAAUUGAGAAGUGGCCGCCACAGAGGGCCCCCUCGGGGAGAAACAGCUUCACCCCAGCCUUAGGGGCUGGGGCUGGGGGAUGCUGCAGUGGCCCUGGGGGAGAGGAGGAAAGUGGCAAGAGGAGGGGACUCCCACCUGACUUUUAUUUAAGCCAGUAUUCUUUGUUUCUGCUUGUAAUAAAACUUUCAUUUUUAAGAGUUGAUUUGCUCUGUUUUUGUUUUGUUUUGUUUUUUGCUCUUCCUUUGCUGAGGCCCAGCUAGCAGCCUGUUCUCUCACCCCGCGCGGUCUUUUCUGGGAAGGCAGAGAGAAAGCAGGCAGCCAUCUGGCCAGUUCUCGUCUGCUGGCAGUCCACCUGCUGGCAGCAGAGCCGAGGGGACUGCGGCUGGGCCCCUCAGUUGUGAGAAGAGGCCAUCCUGUCUCCUCUUCAUUCUCUUUACCUUCCCCUGCCUCAGGGGCUUGGAGACCCCAACUUCUUCCCUGCUGCCUUUCUACUCUGACCCCCAGUGACUGUUCAACUAAGAAAGUGUUGAUGAGACAGUAGAUUCUAGUUUGACAGCCGGAGCCACCAUGGCCCCCACCCACCUGGGCAGCAGGGCCCGGCCACACAGUUCAUAACAUGGCCCGCCUCUCUGGUAUCUCCCCCCAGGAGGACACCUGUCAGGAUUUUGCCAUCUCCUGCACAGCCUGAGGGGAGCUAACAGGCCUCUUGACAGAGGGUUAGCUGGUAAGACCGUAUCUCCCCUGUCGGCCAGCACUGCCACUCCCCUCACACGCCAUCUCAUCCUCAUCGCAUGCCUCACCCACCCGUGGAGCCAUUCAUCUGUCUGGUGUGUGGUGUGGUAUGUGUGCUGGCCGUGGCAGGACCCUCUGGGUUCCCCCUGAGCAGAAGGAUGGGGCGUGGGGGCAGGCGAAGAGCCCGGCCACUCUGGACAGAGAAAGUAGAGUGGCUCUCCAGCCGGAGCAGAAGGUGAAGGGUGAGGCUGGGAGAGGAUGGCCCACCUGCUCCGAGGUGCUCGGGCCUGUUCUGGUGGUGUCCUGCGGGGCAGGGGCCUGGCGCACUAACACUCGUGUCCUGCCUUUCCGUCCCUGCUGAGCUUUCUCUCACCUGCCUACUUUCCUGCUUCAUUGCCUUCUGCCUGAGCCUUGGCCCUUCUGUGGGGAAGAGGCAGGUGCCAGGGCAUCACUUGUCCCUGCUCGCACCCCUGCAGGCCUCCUCCCUACUCUCAAUCCUGCUAACCCUCUCUCUUCUCCUCCUCUGCUGUCAUGCCGGGAUCUCCAGUGUGUUCGGGGGCUUAAGGACCUCCUGAGGACCUCUGCUCUCUGCCUCUCCAGGAGUGGCCUGGGGGGAGCCAGGCACCCGGCACCUCCACCUGCCUAACCCGUGGCUCACCUGCCACCAUCUGUGCCUACAGGGUCUGCCCCCAAACCUGCCCCACACGUGUGCUCUCCAGGGCCCCCAACGGGGCAGGAGCCGGCCUCUCUGCCCUACUUCACACCGGCCUGAGUGUAGUAAGCCAUAAUGCAGCUGUCAGC